UGACAAACCUUCACAUUCCGAAGGCGUGAUCGUCCACAGGGUCUCGCUAUUUCUCGCGAGACGAUAUGUUACGUAGCAGCUUUUCAUACACCUCCAAACCAACUAACCUUCCGAGAACGGUGUUAUUUACUGUGUGUUCAAGAUACUUAACAGCAAAUCAAAUCGCCCUGCAAGUGCUUUACCCUCGCUUGUCAAUGUCGUCCGAACCUCAUAUGUCGGCCAGCACCCACACAACUAAGCCUGCAGAACACAAGUGGAGGCUGAGUUAUGUCACCGGGGACCUGUUCUCCUGCCCUGCGCGUGAAGCUCUGGCCCACUGCAUCAGCGAGGACAUCCGUAUGGGGGCAGGCAUAGCUGUGGAAUUCAGAAAGAGGUUUCAAGGGGUGACUGAGUUAAAAGAGCAAAAAAAAGUUACAGGACAGUGUGCCGUACUGAAAAGCGAUGGACGCUUUGUCUACUAUCUGAUCACAAAGAAAAAGGCAAGCCAGAAACCCACCUAUGACAGCCUGAGACAGAGCCUGGAGGACAUGAGGUCACAUUGCCUGAAGAACCAAGUAUCAAGAAUAUCGAUGCCUCGUAUCGGCUGUGGCCUGGAUCGACUCAAGUGGACGAGCGUGUCAGAGAUACUGGAUCAGGUCUUCAAACACACAGACAUCUCCAUCACAGUUUACAGUCUUCCUCAGAAAGAAGAGACCACAGUGAUGAAGGAAAACAGACGCAGAUGAUUCAUGGAAAUGUUAAUUAUUGAAAUACUGAUGUAUAUGAAGCCAAGGAGAUUUUUUUUUGUCAAAGUUGGAAACAUGUUAUUUUCUCUGUUAAAUAAAAUAAAGCUUUCUUUUUAUAAAAGAACCCACAUAAGCUCAUAUCCAACUAGUAGUGGUAUUAUUA